GGGUAGGGACCUACAGCGGGCGCGGCGGCGGCGGUCUGCGGGCGGUAGCCGGCGGUCUAGAUGCCUGUCCGUCCGCUGGGAUCUGGGACCGUGCGGUGCCGCGGCGUCCGGGCCUGUUGGCGCAGCCCUGGCUUCUGGGCCUAGAUGUCUACACCACGGCCCGAAGUCCUGAGACGUGUGGUGCUCAGUGGCUAAUAAGGCCGGGAAGAUAAGAGCCAGAGACUUGCCACACACUUGACCUCUGGGCCUGGAAGAGCAGUGCCCAAGAGGCCAGGAAUCCUGGCUAUGACCUCGGCUCACAAGACGAAGUUUUAACUGGAUGCUGCCUGCCACCACUUUCCACCUCAGUGUGACCUAGAAAAGCCACAUACCGUCUCCGGGCCCUUCGGUUUUAAAAGAAGCAGUGUUGCCUGGAGACAGAGUUGAAAGCAGUCAUAGUGUGGCUCACACAUUCCUGUGAAAGGACACAAAACGUGAUUGAUCAUUAAGUAUUCACCAAGAAGUGCCUGCUGCUCCACCAGUCCCUGUGUGUGGAAGGAUGCCCGCCCGCGGAGGGUUUCAUUGAGUGACGUCUUUCUGAGUUUCAGUUUGCAAUGUGCAUAUGCAGUUAAGGGAGAUGAAGGAUAUUGGAGAACAACUGUAUACCACACAAGUGAAUGGGGGACCCAGUUCCUUGACCAUGUCCCCCAAACAACCUAAUAGAGCAACUCGGCCAGAGAGACAGGAAGCACAAACCCUACUGUACCAAGGUUCAGAGGCAGAGGCUGCCACAAUGACCAUUGCUACUUGUGUACAGUGCAAAAGUAUUCACAAGAUCCCCACUCAAGACUUGAGGAAGGGCCCUGGGCAAGGCCAAGACACUUAUGUCUGCUUUAAGUGCAGCCUUCGAGCGGUGCCUACCCAGCUGCAUUUUGUGAACAAUAACGCUGGGGCCGUUCAUAUCAGAAAUGAAACGGAAACCAUCUCAAGUCCUGUAAAUAAAUUUAAGGUUAGGAACUUCAAGCCAGGCAAAUACUACUGUGAUAAAUGUCGGUUCUCUACAAAGGAUCCGCUGCAGUACAGAAAACACACUCUGCAACACGAGGAGAUCAAGUUCAUCUGUUCUCACUGCAGCUACAUCUCCUACACGAAAGGGGAGUUUCAGAGGCAUCUGGUGAAGCACACAGGCAUCUUCCCCUACCGAUGUGAGUACUGCGACUAUGGUGCUAUUCGCAACGACUACAUUGUCAAGCACAGGAGGAGAGUGCACGAGCGGGCUGGUGCCAAACGGCCAUUCAAAACUGGAGCCAAACUGGAGCCCAAGAGAACCAACAUUUCAAAGCAGAGCGUGGAACUCUCAAAGGCCCCCAGUCCCAGGGCUGCCUUCCAGAACAAGUUGUCAGACCAGCUAUCGAGGUUCUCUCUCCAUGCUAGCAAAGACAAGACGCACAAUAUGAUGUUAUUACCUGAGCUAAAGAAGUAUCAAAAAGAUGUCGUGUGUAUUCCCAACAGAGUGACCCUGUGCGAGCCAAGGGAGGUGAGCCUACUGGGGAAUAAGAAUGUUGAGGUGGAAGUGCUUUCCCCCUCCAAGGAACCCGUGCAGCCAGGCUUGCCGCUGACUGUUAUGGCACCCUCAGAGCUGGUGGUCCCCACCAACUGUCUAGCCCAGUUGAUGGACGUGAAGGUGGUCAAUGGCACACAGCAGCUCGUGCUUAAACUGUUUCCAUUGGAAGAAAACUCCCGCCUCGAAACAAGCAGAGGAGACGGAGGCCUGUCUGAGUGCAUGAGUACUGAGAAGGGCUCGAGGGGGCAGACAAAAAUGCUUUCCACAGAAGCCUCGAGGCCACUAGCAAUGGAAGGGAAUGCUGGAGAGUUUGUGGGCCUUGACCGUCUGCACUCUUUGGUUCAGAAACAGCUUAAAAAUGUGAAAUGGGUGAAGUCUUGCAAUUUUUUCAUGCCCAACUCUGGCAUACACAGUCACCAAGACUCUUUCCUCGGUCCCGAUACAAUUAAAGAUUUACAGAAGUCUCACAGUUUGUGUCCACCUAGAGCCCUUCCUUCAGCUGCGGUAAAAAGCCAUUCUCCAGCCUCUGUACAAAGUAGUGUUUCCUAUGGCCCUGGAGCCACAGUGAGCCGCUUCUUGACUAAAGCAGCUGCUGCUUUUGCUGAAGACGGAAGAGGUUCCCGCAGUGACUCCCAGCAGCUCCUUCCGCUCGCCUCGUUGUCUUCAAAGGUUUCCUUCUCUGGAGAGAAGGGCUUGCUGCCUUUAGGUGAAAAUGACUUAGAAGCCAGGAAUAGGACUAGUCGUCCUGAAACAGUGGUUUCCUCUGACAGGAAGCUGGAAGACAAACAGAUGGAAAGCAAAGCAGUGGGAAAUACAGGCCAGGUCUCCUCUGUGCAGAAAAAAGAGUAUUUACACAUAAACUUUGCUGGGGAAGACAAAACGAGGUCCCAGCAGCCUGGCGAUCGGCCCGUGCUGCCCAAGACUUCUGAAACAACAGGUAAUGCGUUUGAAGGCCCAAUCAUCUCGUCAGUGUUUUCAUUGAGCUCUGGAUCUGAAAAUGUGCCAGAGGGCAUUAAAUGGAAUAGUUCAACAACCAAAAUAAAGUCCAUUGAACUGCUGCGCAGAAAGAUAGCGCAGUUAAUCGAGUCUUGUGGCAAGCCUUCCUCUUUGUCUGCCGGAAGUGCUCAGCGACGUCCCAUAGGGCAGGCACCCAAGCUGACUUCAAAAGCAACUCCCAAGGCUAUUCAAGAAAUGAGUGUGUCCCUUACUGGUCCUGGCCCUAGCACUGGCCCUUCUGUGGGUCCUCUGCAAAAACCUCAGAACGAGGACAGUAUUACUGGCAGUGCACAGCAUGUUCCUCAGCAAAUCUGUCCCCCGUUUGUCAGUGCUAAUGACGGGAAAACGGAAAGCAGGGUGACCAGAAAGACUCCUGUUGCUACUCCAGUGCUGAUCCCCAAAGGGGCUGUGCUGAGGGUCCUUAACUCUUCUGAAGAUGCUCGCAUCAUAGAGGCUACCUGUGACACACCUGUCAGCAUCCCCUGCAGUGAAGCCCAGUUAGCAGGAACACUUCCAUUCUGCCCUGUGAAACAACCAGGCUCAGGUACCCAGCUUUUGCCGUGCAGAAGUGGACCAGCAGACUUGUCCCCGAGUCUGGAGACAUCUCUUCGGCCCAAAUCAAGAAAAGAGGACCCUAUUUGCAGUGUCACUCCUAAGAAAAUCAUCCCUGUGUACAGCACGGUACCAGGAAGCAGUGACUCAAGCAGGCAAGGAAGGCCAAUUUCUAGAAACCUAACUCUAAGCAAGAAUAAAACCAAGCAAGUGAGCUCAGCCAAGAAGAAGAACAAGAUGCAGGCCAACCCCAGCCGCUAUUUCAAAGACCCUUCCUUUUUUCAGGUGGCAAGGCAGCUGCGACUCAUAGCUGCCAAACCAGAUCAGUUGAUUAAAUGUCCCCGUCGGAACCAGCCUGUCAUCGUGUUAAACCAUCCUGACGUCGACUCCCCCGAAGUGACCAAUGUGAUGAAGGUAAUCAACAAGUACAAAGGCAACGUCCUCAAGGUUGUCCUGUCUGAGAGGACUAGGUGUCAGCUGGGUGUCCGGCGGUACCAUAUGCGGCUGACCUACCAGAAUGUGGCAGAAACGAACCACAUGAAGAGGCAGAUGAUGUUGAAAAUGAAACUGAAGAAGGUUCAUAAAAACAACUACCAGGUGGUGGGCUCAUUGCCGGACGACCCUGCCCAGUGUGUGUUCAAGUGCUGGUUCUGUGGGCGGCUCUACGAAGACCAGGAAGAGUGGAUGAGUCACGGCCAGCGGCAUUUGAUAGAAGCCACCAGAGACUGGGAUGUCCUUUCUUCAAAGGGCAAAUGAGUGAAACUUGGUCUUUGAAAUUUUAUUUCCUUCUAGUUUUCAUGGCUAGGGUCGCACCUUAGACCCUUGAUGCAGUAGAAGAAAGGGAGUUGCUUAUUCCUUAGCGUCACCACAGGAAGGGUGAGAGCCCUGUCCUUACCUGAGCACUGUGGCUGGACCAGGGAAUGGUAGGAAGUCCUGAAAUUCUACUGUUCUCCUUUGAAAGGAUGUAAUGUUCUCCACAGGUUUUCAGUGGGAUCUAAGGCCUUUCUUGCUUAGUUCUUAUUUUUCUGAGUAGCCACAUCUUUCAUAAUCCAUUUAGAGGGGCAGGUUUAUGAUUGACACACUUUUUAGAUAAAUGCUGCUGAGGGGUUAAACCUGUCUUGGUGCACACAUCCACUUUGAUUUUGCUUUGACUCUUCCAGAAUAUUUGCUACAUAGUAGAAAUUACAUUUUUCUACUCGAUGGGUCGAUCACCUUAAAUCUGGUUAGAGUGCUGUGCUUGACCCCUCCCACUGUGAGUACUGGCUUCUGCUCACGCUCUGCAGAGCCACGAGCUUUACUUUCACUGGGCAUGUAUCAGCAACAGUCGUUAGGAGAAGAAAAGACAGAUUUUAGUAGUUAGCUUUUGCUUGCUUUUAAAAUACCUUGAUUGAUAAUAGUUGGGUAGGGAAUAUGUAAUUGGUUUUGUUUUUGUUUUAGGUAAAGAAGGAAAAUAUGUUAAACCUGUUCUUUGCAUCGAACUCCACCAAUCAUAAAUGGCCGUUUUAGAAUGUGAAGGAGCAAUUUCAUUAAAAACAGAUUAGCCUCAGUGGUGCCAUUCCAGGUGGACUUGAAAGCAGGCUGUGAAGGGUCUGCUGUGACUGGCUUUUCACCUGGGGACCCAUGCAAAGCCCCAGGGGAUGCCAGCAUGCUCUUGAGCAUAGGACUGUAGGGCCGCUCCUCAGGCCGGAUCUGUUCUCCUUUUGCCUGUUCCUGAGCAGGCCCUCAUUGGGGCCUAGUCUCCGUGAACAUUUUUCCUCAUGAACACUAGCAGCUGCAGGAGCCAACAACAUGGAAAGAGGACCCCAAUUGUCCGUGGAGGCCUUAAGAACACUACCCUUGUCUUCAGUGAUAGGAACGGGCUGCUCCUAGUUUAGCCACAGAUGCCCCUCUCUCUCUUGCUUACAUUUCCUGGGAGGACUUCCCCUCCACCAAGAGGGGAUGAGACCUACUAAUCAACAAGGCACCUUUGCACAUUAGGACACAGUUUCUCUCUUACAUGGGUAGGGCUUCCUGGGCAAAAGCAGCUCGGGCAAAGGGCACUAACCAUGGCAAGCACAGGUGGCCCAGUCACCAGCCAGUGACCUUGAGAGUGUGCAUCCUUAGGGACUUAGUGAUGGGUGCUAUGAGUGGGGAGGGGUGGUUAGAUCUGAAAAUGGUGACCUCUAAGCCCCGGGUGAUCGGACUCCUGACUCUGCCUUUUCAGGGGACAAGUCUUAGUUUAUCCUCUCACAGCUGGGGCACUCCUUUUAAGCUCGUUUCCAUUACACACACUUGGCUUUUCUUAGGUACAAUUCUAUGCCUGAUCAUUUUCUUAAUUGAUAAUUUUAAUUUAAAAUUGCAUUUUUAUAUAUGUGUCUAUAUGUGUACACAUAUAAAUAUUUUUUACCAUAUGCAAAUUGCAACAGCUAAUUUUCUGAUUUCCUAUUUUAUAAUGAUACAUGAGCUGGGGAAAUAUAAAGCUUUUAUAUUCUAGAAAUAAUUUAUUUUGAAAGAACAUUUUUACAAUGGUUUCAUCUCAUUUUUAGAAAAUGAAAGCACAGUAAAUGGUGGGACCUGAAUCCCAUGAGCAAACGAGAGUAACAGCCCCUGUGGGUCACCGUACUGUGGCAUGUAGUCAUGCUUGGUGCUCGGUGGCCGCGUGAUACAAAGCAUUCUGAGGUCUGAUCUGUGUCGCAGACUGGUGACCCUCCAGCUCAAACUCGAAUCUUCAUGUGCUGUGGCAGGAGGGGCUGUGGGAUCCACUCCUUCUCUACCUCACUGCCGCACGGCUCCUCACCCCCCCAAUGACCAAGAGCUGCCACAGAUCAGCGUCAACAGAAUCUCCACAUUCUGCUGCAACAGCUGCUGUUUUCAAGUCUUAGCUAAAAUAACUAGUGUUUGUAUGGAGCUGGAGUUAAUGAGCAGAAUAUGUAGCGAGCCUUUGGGGGAUUUUCCUAACUACAGUCCUUGUUGAGGAACUCAGAGGGCUCCUGGAAGCCCUAAGUAUGGGAGAGGUGAAACUCUCCAACAGAAUUUUAGACAUAAGUUUAUCAUGUAGGUAAGCGUGUGGAAGGACUUCAUUUCUAAUGGGUUGGAGGGAGAAGGACAGAAGUGUGAUACUUCCUUCUGUAGUCUUACCUUGACUUUGAAGGAUCUCUAGUCACUACAUUUUGUUGAUAGUACUUAUAAAAUUAUUUUAAACUUAUUUUUUAAGCUAGCUUUUCUUACUUUGGGGGACCAAAUGAAUGAAAGGAUCUUCUUAUAUUUAUGAUAUAGGCAAGUAGAGUAAAAGAAAAAAUUUAAGCCUCCGUCUCUUAAGUGUCCUCUCAGUAGAUUAUAUUUUAUUCAAAAUUUUAUCUCCAGCCCAAAACAUUUUGUGAGCCCCCAUCAUAGGUCACACACUAAACACAAUGUAUUGACCCUCCAAAGUUCCAUCCCCCAUUCUUUAGCAUUUACAUAAGCCACCCGGAAGAUGAAGGUAUGGUGCUGUUCAGCCUUCAGAAUGACUUUUGAAUCUGUGAACGUCUUUAUGAGCAGAAAACAAAACUUUGUCUUAACAUGUCAAGCAUUACAGUUUCCGUGUGAGCAGUUUGUGUGUCUGCGGCUCUGGUUCUGAAACAUGUUUGUAUAUAGAUAGAAAGGUUGGCAUCAGUUUUGUUUAAAUAAAGCAACUUUUAAGAUCUU